AUGGCAGAAACAUUUAUCAAUAAGACCAUUGAAACCAAUUUAAGAUUUUUAAAACCAGGUUUACAUAAACAACAAUACUCUGAAACAGUUACCAAAGUUAUAAAAGCAUGUUUAGAAGAUCAAAGUUUAAAUAAAAUAAAUUCAUUAAAAAGUUUAUUACCAGCAAUAGAUGAAGUUGUUUUAAAGUAA